GGCAGGUCACGCUCCUGACACUCGCGGGUCGGCGCCCCGGGAGCCCACGUUGCCCUGCGGGUCCUACAGGCGCUGCAAUCACCUGCCAAGCGCGUGGCGCUCAGUCACUGCGGAGCUGUCAGUGACAGGUGCGAACUCAGGGGAUCCUCUGCGCCGUCCGGUCCUCGACGUCCGGGAGUCGCUGGAUGCGCGUCCGCUGAGCAUCCGAGAUGGCCACGCGGAUCGGACUCCUCUGGCUGCUGGGCCUGGUUCUGUGCGUUCUGGGCGUCGGCCACGGCCCGCGUCCCCCGUAUGUCUUUCCCCAGCGUCGCCUGGGAGUACACGAGCGCCGAAACAUGCAGCGAGAGAUCCUGGCGGUGCUUGGGCUGCCUGAGCCGCCCCGACCCCGUGUGCCACCCGCUGCCUCCCCGCAGCCAGCGUCCGCGCCGCAAUUCAUGCUGGACCUGUACCACGCCAUGGCCAAUGACGACGACAGUAGGUCCCUGCAUUCUCACCUGGGACGCUCCGACCUGGUCAUGAGCUUCGUCAAUAUGGUGGAACAUGACCAUACCCUGGACUACCAGAAGCCACACUGGAAGGAAUUCCUCUUUGACCUAACCCAGAUCCCUGCUGGGGAGGCUGUCACAGCUGCUGAGUUCCGGAUAUAUAAAGAACCCAGCACCCACCCACUCAACACAACUCUCCAUGUCAGCAUGUUCGAGGUGGUCCAGGAGCACUCCAACAGGGAGUCUGACUUGUUCUUUUUGGAUCUUCAGACGCUUCGAUCUGGGGACGAAGGCUGGCUGGUGCUGGACAUCACAGCAGCCAGUGACCGAUGGUUGCUGAACCAUAACAAGGACCUGGGACUCCGCCUCUAUGUGGAAACUGAGGAUGGGCACAGCAUGGAUCCUGGCCUGGCCGGUCUGCUGGGACAACAAGCUCCACAAUCCAGACAGCCUUUCCUGGUCACCUUCUUCAGGGCCAGCCCGAGUCCUGUGCGGGUCCCACGGGCAGCGAGGCCACUGAAGAGGAGGCAGCCAAAGAAAACGAAAGAGCUUCCACAUCCCAACAAACUCCCGGGGAUCUUUGAUGGUCAUGGCGCCCAAGGCAGAGAUGUUUGCCGUAGGCACGAGCUCUACGUCAGCUUCCGGGACCUCGGCUGGCUGGACUCCGUCAUCGCCCCCCAGGGCUACUCAGCCUAUUACUGUGCUGGAGAGUGCAACUACCCAUUUACCUCCUGCAUGAACUCUACCAGUCAUGCCACCAUGCAGGCCCUGGUGCACCUGAUGAAGCCAGACAUCGUCCCCAAGGUGUGCUGCGUGCCCACCGAGCUGAGUGCCAUUUCUGUGCUCUACUAUGACAAAAGCAACAACGUCAUCCUGCGCAAGCACCGCAACAUGGUGGUCCAGGCCUGUGGCUGCCACUGAGUUAGCAGCCUGCUGCCAUUGGCCCAUUAUCUGGUCAGCCCCUCUGACCGGGAAACGAAGAGACCCUAUCAGAUCCAAGGCCAAGGUGGAAAGGUCGGGUUUUCAAUCUUAUGUCCAUGUUCUGCCUUUGUCACAGGCUUGGCCCUCUCCUGGCCCCUCUGUUCCCUUCCUCUGCCCAAGGGUGGGAAGAUGGUCCUGGUUACAACCCUGGUGACCUAUGUCCCCAAGCAGCAGCCCAUCUCUGCCCCUCCCCCAGGGGCAUCUAUUAAAAGUCCUUUGGGAUUGGCACAGAAGUCUAAUUUACCCACCUAUUCGUGAUGACUACUGGGCCAGCCUGACUUGAAUCUGGAGCACUAGAUGGACCUCAGGCUCUUUAGUAUCCACCAGAUACUUAGGUGUGUGCAGACACGACCAAUUCCCUCCAUUAUUCCAUAGCCUGUCCCUUGGAGGUAUAAAACGAGAUUUCUGGAGAAGCGUUUUAAAAAAAACACAGAAAAGCCAGGGAUAGUGAUGCACACUCUUAGUACUUGGAAGACAGGCAGAAUUACCAUGAGUUCAAGGCCAGCCUAAGAUACAUAUCAAGAUCUUUCAGAAGAACAAAGAAAACAACCAAACAAAACCCUUGUGUAUUUAUGGAUCUCAGUCACUAAACCUCUGGCCAUAGACAGGCGAGGGCAGCUGGUGAACAAUCUGUUGUGGAUUUGACAUCUGGACACAGCCAUUGCCAUUCAGGAAACGCCAGCAGUUUCCGGAUCCACAGUCCCCACUUCUGCCUUGAUAGACAUCACAGGCAGGCGUACAACUCGGCAUUAGCCAGAAACACAAAGCUGUGUCCUGUCUUGGUGCUGGAGCAAAGGUAUUGUAGGCAAGAGGACCCCAGAACAGAAGCCAAGCAGCCCCAAGGAAAGAAUGCAUCACCCUUCAGUUACUCAUUUAUGUUCCAACACUGCGCACACACACAUAUCCAUUGUAUAUGUGUAUAUAUGUAUGUACACAUGUGUACUGACUAGGGAAUUGGCUCGUGUUUAUGAGGAGUAGCAGGCCAUGUGUGCACAACAAGCAGCAGACUGGAGACGAGUGAGAAGAGUGAUGCUGAAACAGUGUGAAUGUUAAGACACUGGAGCCGCUGAGGCCGACACCAGGCAGGCAGCUCUGAUUCCUGCUGCCCUGACAUGAUCUGACAAGGACAUCUGGCAUAAAGACACAUGACCCGGCAUGGAAGGGAACGAGCCAUGGGAAGGUAUUA